CUUCUUUUCUUCUUCUUCUCUUUUCCCAAUCUCUCUCGAAAAGCAUUUUGUAUUCUUGCUCUCGUCGAUUAUUGCAACAUUACACGCACGUUUCUGUCUCUGUCGCCUUCUUCCCCUGCUGCAAUUCUAAGCAAGCCAUUCCUCUUCCUAGUUCCUGCUUCUUCUUCUCCUUCUUCUCCUUCAGCGGCGGCUGCCGCUGCUUCGGUUUCUCAAGGUUUGUAAAUUUCUUUGAGAUCUGGAAGCUUAACUUUUUCCCUCAAAUGUUGCUCUGCUCAACUGCUGGCUGUGAGGGAGAUGAGAUGCAGCCCUGCAUUUGAUGGACUGUGUGUCUAGUAGCAGCGACAAGAAAACUUUGAAGAGAUGGUUUUUCAUUGACAAAAGGGUUGGUUAAAGAGGAUUGAGAUUGGGCGUUGAGAAGUGUUUAUUCAUAUAGCAGAGGCAAAUUAACCUGAAAUUUGCCUGGAAAUUUUGGUAUUAAAUAAAACUUCCUUAGUUUAAAAUCAUAUUGCACUAUAAAUCUGGAUCCAAUGGACCUGAAAUCAAACCACACGGCCCCUGUUCUCACUGAUUCUGCACCAAUAAAUAACUCAAGAUUAGGCAUUCAUUCCAGUUUGUUGCCAUACUCGCCACCAAGGGCAGCUUUCCCUCAAGGCCCAUUUUUAACAAUCCCAAGGAAGAAGCCUGGGAUACUUGAUGAUGUCCGUUCCAGCAGUUGGCUGGAUGCCAUGAAAGCAUCCUCACCUCCACAUAGGAAGAUAAACAAGGAUUCAAACAGUGAGUUUGCACCGGUUGAUACUGAUAUUGCUUACUGGACCUGGAUGCUCAAGUAUCCUUCAGCACUUACAUCUUUUGAGCAAAUCACAAAUUAUGCGAAGGGCAAGAAAAUAGCAUUAUUCUUGGAUUAUGAUGGGACCCUUUCCCCAAUUGUAGACAACCCUGAUGCUGCCUUCAUGUCUGGUGCGAUGCGUGCUGCUGUAAGAAAUGUGGCCAAAUGUUUCCCGACAGCGAUAAUUAGUGGAAGAAGCCGUGAUAAGGUAUACAAGUUUGUAGGAUUAACAGAACUCUAUUACGCUGGUAGUCAUGGGAUGGACAUCAUGGGUCCUGUUAAAUGCCCCAGUUCUAAUGGCCAUCCAAAUUCUAUUAGGUUUACUGACAAGCAGGAUAAAGAACAUAACUUGUUCCAACCUGCUGGUGAAUUUUUACCUAUGAUUGAUGAGGUUUUUAGAUCCCUUGUCGAGAUUACUAAAGAAAUUAAAGGAGCACAAGUGGAAAAUAAUAAAUUUUGUGUUUCUGUACAUUACCGUAAUGUAGAUGAGCAGAGUUGGUCGACAAUUGCAGAACGUGUAGAAGGUAUUCUGAAAGAUUACCCGCGUUUGCGAUUGACUCAUGGGCGGAAGGUUUUAGAGGUCCGACCUGUCAUUAAUUGGGAUAAGGGAAAAGCUGUCGAGUUUUUACUAGAAUCACUUGGGCUUGCUAACUGUGAUGAUGUGCUCCCAAUUUAUGUUGGAGAUGAUCGGACAGAUGAAGAUGCUUUUAAGGUUUUGAGGGAGAAAAAUCGAGGUUAUGGAAUUUUGGUGUCUUCUGUGCCCAAGGAAAGCAGUGCAUUUUACUCUCUGAGGGACACAACAGAGGUCAAGGAGUUUCUCAAGUCACUGGUGAUGUGGAAGAAGUCUAAUGCCUGAUAAACGUAGUAUAAAGAACAGGAGCAUAUAUAUAUAUAUAUAUAUAUAUAUAUAUACUCUUAUAUACAUAUAGUAGCAAUAUCUCUCUCUCUCUCUCUCUCUCUAUAUAUAUAUAUAUAUAUAUAUAUAUAUAUAUUCUUUUAAAUUACGCAAAGAGGUUUGGUUUGGAACAGAGAUGCAGAAAGAGGUCGAACGAGAGUCGGCAGUUUUGGAGCAAAAUUUUUGCAUCGAAACUGCGUCUACUUAAGCUUCUUGUUGCAGUCUUGCGAGUGCAAAUCCCUCUGAGUUGGUCGACGCCCAUCUCUCUCUGAUUGUAAUUAUCAUUUUUUUUUUUUCACUUCCCAGUUUUGGUUGCUUGAGCUUUCUUUUUGGGGGGAUUUGUAUGGACGUCAAUGCAUUAUUUGAUUUUUUGAGUGUAGAAAAUUAUAUUAUAUAUUUAUAUAUAUGCAUAUGUAUAAGCAUAAGCCUCUCUGUGUUAUUGUUG